AUGAUGAAUACUACAUAUUUCGAUCACAACACAUCGGCCACAGGUUUUUACAAUGCAGUGCCCGCAGAUCAGGCACAUGCCUACCGUUCGGCUUAUGCAUCACAAUCGGCUCUGUCAUUAAUGCCCACCUCUACAUACCCGGCCAGUCUGAGAUCGAGCCAAAGUGGCAUUCAAUCUGACGGCACAAACUAUGACGGGUGCAAACUAUACGAUACAACAUCUACACAACCGUUUAAAAGCGAAGCAUUCAAAGAUUGUGGGCUAACUAAAGAGCAAAAUGGAUUUAAAGCACCGACCGAUCACCAAAUGAGCAGCGGUUGGCCCAACUCAUUACGACCAUCUCCUUCAUCAACUGCAUUGACCAGCGAUAUGGCCGCCACAGUGGCCGCCUGUUCGCGACAAAUGGAUGUCUGGAAUACUGGCUGUUGUAACACAACUACAAUGACCGGUGCGACCAUCGGUGGCAAUCCUAAUGCAUUCUAUCCCUGGAUGGCUAUUGCAGGUCUGGCCGGUGCUAAUGGUUUAAGAAGGAGAGGCCGUCAAACAUACACCCGAUACCAAACACUUGAGUUAGAAAAGGAGUUCCACACUAACCACUACUUAACCCGACGGAGACGUAUAGAAAUGGCUCAUUCAUUAUGUCUGACUGAAAGACAAAUCAAAAUAUGGUUUCAAAAUAGAAGAAUGAAACUGAAGAAAGAGAUCCAAGCAAUCAAAGAGUUGAAUGAACAGGAAAGGCAGGCACAGGCAACCAAAUUGCAAUCCAACUCAUCCUCAAACACCAACGACACCAAUACUAAAACAUAAGUCAAUUUUAUCCAUAAUUAUUGAUUGUACUAAAUGUCAUACAUGUC